AUGCCCGUCGCAAAGGCGUGCGCGCCGUGCUACUAUCAGAAGUCAAAAUGCACCUUCUCAGAAGGUAACCCGCAAUGCGACCGCUGUAUGAUGAACGGCCGGGACUGCGUCUUUGUACGCCCCGUGCCCAGGUCCGCAGUCAAGGGGAGGUCAAAAGUCGCAGUCAGGAGCAAGAUCAUGAGCGGCGGCGUGCCAUGUCCAAACCCGGUUCCUCGAAAGGCCAACAUAGUCGUCCCGACGACAACGACGACCGUCGCCCGCGUAAGUUCCCCGCCGUGUCCCGCAUCGCGGAAGCCGAGCAUAGCAACGGCCUCGAGCGUCGGCAGCCCUCCCGACGAUGCUUCGUCAGACUCGUCGACCGAAUCGGCAUCGAGUCCGCCGUCCAAGAUCCUCGAGUCGCUCAGUCCGUACGGUAGCACGCUGGGCCGGUUGGACAACGUGGAACGCACCUCGUUAUCGCGGUUACUGCACAAGUCGAACUUUAUGCAGUACUUCAUCAGUCCAACGUUUGUCGACAGUAUGCAGCUGGAUAUGACCGUCCAUCUGUUUUCCAUGUUUGACCAGGGCAAGGACGCCUACAUUGCCAUGUAUAGCGCGUUCGCGUCAUCAAUGGGCUUGGAGACGGGCGAAUACGACCCGGACGCGAAUCUACACCGCGGCGCAAUGGCUGUCGAACAGCUCCGGUCUUGUCCUCUACCGACGCUCAAGCGCGACGAACUGCUACCGUGGGCAGGACUAGGACUAGGCAUUGUGUACUUCUCCAACAUGGCCCUCGGAACCAGCGCGGCACCAGUCCGACGAUACGUGCUCAGCCACAUCCGCCAUCUCUUGGGAACCUCGCAGAUUUCCAGUUCACGAACACACUACAUCCUCGUGUACAUGACGGCCGUCGAUAUCAACGAAUGCCUGAUGCAGCGCGAGCUGCCAGUAUGCGGAAUCGCGCCUCCCGAAGCGGGCCACGUUGAUGCCUAUUUGGGAGUGUGUAUGCCAUUACUGCAGCACAUGUACGACUUAUGCCGCAUCAGCUAUCACCUCUAUCACGAGGUCGACGUUGAAGAGCAGACGCAAGCAUUGGACGAAGUGGAGCACGAGAUCCAAGCGUGGCAGCCUGUCAUCCCGCCAGACUUUACCAACCGCUUUACCACCAGCGAGGUCAUCCACAUGCUGGCCCAAAGUCGUAUCUACAAGACGGCGGCGAUGCUGUACAUCCAUCGUCUACGGUACAAGUUUGGCGAAAAGGACGACAUGGCAUCCGCCAUGGCAAAGAGCAUCAUCUCAGACCUGCAGAUGACGUUGACGGUCUCGCAAGACAAGCAGCGUUGCGUCAGCUUCCCCUACACCCUGGCGGCCAUCGAGGCAAAGAACGCAGCGGAACGGGAGACGACGUUGGGGGCCAUUACGGCACUGAUCGACAGCGGCAACACCAAGUACCGAACCAGCCUGGAAGCCUUCCUUAGGGCUGUAUGGGAUAUUCGGGACAGUAACCCCGGGGCAUCUUGGCUCGACUUCAUGCAAACUCUGCCGCCGAUCUCGGUGGGUGUAUAA